CGCCCACUGCGCCCUGGCCUGCGAUUCCGGAUUUUAUUUUCGCGCUUUUACUUUCAUUUCGUAAGCGCCGCGUUUCAUAAUCUCUCACGCAAUGCUCAAGAUUUCGCUGCUGUUGCUGCUGGCCGUGCAGCUGGCGCUGAGCCUGCCCCUGGCGCCUGCCACCCCGGACGGUGCCACGCCCAUCGAUGCACAAGUCUCGGCCGCAGAUUUCGGUGCACUCGAUGCGUUUGCAGAAGAUGCGGCCGACAGUUCAGAGAGCUCGGCCGCCAGCGAGGCGGGCUUCAAGAUCUCGCUGCUGCCCGAGCCUGCCAAGACAGCGGAGUCUGUGAAUCUGGAGCGCGAGGCUCUGCCCUCCAAGGUGCUCAGCGCCUACGACAAUACACAGCAGAAGCUGACUGAUCUCACGCAUCCUGUGCCCAUUUUGGACAGCAUCAACGAGCAUGAGAAGUAUGGCAACAAUGGUGACAAGUUCGACAACAUAUCGCGCUCAAUUGUCAAUGGCUAUGAGGCCUUCUCCAAUUUUCUCAACAGUUUCAUACAGAAACCCAAGGAACUGGCGCGCACCGUUUCGAAGGGAAUUACCGCUCAAUUGGAUAUUAUCGGAGGCAAGCUAGUGGGUCUCUAGGGAAGAAGAAGAAGGAGU